AUGCCCCGCGGGAGAGCCUGGACGCAGGCGGAGGUCAGCAGCCUCCUGGCGCUGGUGGGAGGCUCAGGGGAGGCCGCCCUGCUCAUGGCCUCCACGUCGCGACCCAACGAGGCGCUGUGGCGGGAGAUCUCCCAGGGGCUGGCAGCGGCCGGCUACGGGCGCAGCGUGGCCCAGUGCCGCUCCAAGUGGAAGGCGCUCAAGCAGGCUUUCCACUCGGAGCGGGAGACGCGCCGGAGAGCAGGACACCACUCUCCCCGCCUGCCCCCGCACUACCGAGCCAUGAAGAGCAUCUGGAAGGCGGCCGGGCGGCCCGUCUUUGGCGAGCGGAGGAUGCCAGACCUGGUGAAGCUGCCCCCUAGGAGACGCAGGUCAGCCCUUGCCACCCGCACUCCAUCCUCACCAGAGCCACCAGACCAUGAUGCUGGUGAGGAUGCCCUGGGCACAGUGCUGUCCCCGCUGCUGCAGUGUGCGAAGGAUGAGCCAGAGAGCCCCGGUGGGGACCACGUCGCUGGAGUGCUGCCCGCUCCCCCCACUAUGCCACAUGCUGGUCACUGCGUCCCAUCCCUUCCCCUCCUGGGCUCUCACACUGCCCUGAAGCACGAAAGAGCCGAACAAAAAGCUGGUUUUCCUGGUGAGUCGUCUCCAGGGAUGGUAAGAGGAAACCGAGUGCUGUCAGUGGCCGCCGCAGGCCCGGACUCCCCCGGGACGGCUGCCAUGAGUGAGCAGCCAGCAGCGGGUGAAGAGGCAUCAGACACAAGCCUGCACGGCUCCGGCGUGGCAGGCUUGCUCCAGAGCGUCCAGCAGCUGCUGGUGCAGAUCCUGCAGACGUCACGGCAGCAGCAGGCACUGCUGGAAAGCCUGGCCAGCGACACCAUCUCCCACCUCCAUCUCCUCUCCCACAGCCUGGUGCAGGUGGGCGAGACCCUGCACCAGCUCCUGCUCCGGCCACAGACCCACCUUGACCCCCUUGGCCACUACAUCCCCCACAUGCCUCUUUUUGAGGAUGGCCUUGGGUUACCCUGCUCCCCGGACAGUUCCCACACCUCCCCGGAUCACAAAGAGGAGCCUCAGGUGUCCCCUGCCGCCAGCUGCACCCUUCCAUGAGUGCCACCAUCCCCGGCCCCUGGGGCAACGCCAUUGCUACACAGUCACGGCACAAAUCUUUAUAGCAGAGGCCCAGAUAUUUUGGAAGUUUAUAGAAGAGAGACAUUUUAAUAAAAUUAAAAAUAGCUUUUGU